AGUGAGGGGCCUCAUCUCACUCGACGACGCCAAGGGUGGAGGGCAGCGUGGCCGCCCCUCCACACCCCCGGAGAGAGCCCACCCGCCAUCCCCACAGAGGCCCGGGCCGAAGGGAUGGCUCGGUGGUGGCCGUGGGGUGGAGGCUGGCGGCUAGGACCCAAGUGGGAAUCGCUGGCCCGGCCUGAGGCGAAAGGGAGAUGUCCAGCCGGGUGGUCCCGCCAUUACUGGCGCUCGGCCGAGCACGGGGAGGCCCUCACGCUGGCGGCCUCCACCUGGGAUCGGGAUCACCACUACGUCCACCGGAGCCUCAUCCCGACCCUGCACUUCCAGCAGAGCCUGCCCAGAUUGCCAAUUCCCCACCUGGAAGAUACCAUCAGGAGGUAUAUGGCUGCUCAGAAACCCUUGCUGGAUGAUGAAGAGUACAGAUACACUGAAAAAAUUGCAAUGAAUUUUGAAAAAGGAAUUGGAAAACAACUACAGAAAAAUCUCGUUGAGCUUGAUAAAAGAAAUUCCCAUACAAGUUACAUCUCAGAGCCAUGGUUCGAUAUGUAUCUUUCUGCCAGAGACCCCAUCGUUUUAAAUUUUAAUCCUUUCAUUAUCUUAAAACGAGAUCCCCAAGAAUCAUACAAUAACCAGAUCGUGAGAGCAACCAACCUGAUUGUUUCAGCCACAAAAUUUCGAAAUUCUCUGCUGAGUAAUUUCUUAGAACCCGAUAUCUAUUAUGUCAACCCAAAAUGGAGCAAGAGUAAAACCUUAAAAAGGUUUCUCCGCUUCCUUCCAACUUCCAUGUCUUGGUACGGAGCCUAUCUCGCAAAUGCUUUUCCUUUAGACAUGUCACAGUACACUCACCUUUUCAACAGCUCAAGAGUUCCCAAACAGAACAGAGACCAACUCUUCUCUGAUCAAGGUGCUCGACAUUUGUUAGUCAUGAGGAAAGGGCAUUUCUACAUUUUCGAUAUAUUGGACCCAAUUGGGAAUAUCCUACAUCCAUACGAAAUCCGGGCUCACCUAAUUAGCAUCAUGCAAGAUGGGGUUCAGGUCCCCGACUAUCCUCUCGGUUACCUGACCACCGAAAAUCGAAACACCUGGGCAGUGAUCAGAGAACAACUCCUGGAAGCUGGAAAUGAAGAAAGCUUGAACAAAAUAGACAGCGCAAUAUUUUGUUUAUGCUUAGAUGAUAUUUCAAUCCAGAACAACACUGAACUGUCCCAUUGCAUGCUUCAUGGCUAUGGCUAUAACCGUUGGUUUGAUAAAUCAUUUAGCCUAAUCAUCACUAGUGACGGCUCAGCGGGCAUAAAUUUUGAGCAUUCUUGGGGCGACGGUGUUGCAGUCCUGCGGUUUAUUAACGAAGUGUACAGAGAUAGUACAAGGCACCCGUCUAUUGUACCCCAAAGUCGUUCCCCGACUCUAGGCUCCCCAAAUGUAGAAAGACUGGAAUUCAACUUGAACCACUCGAUUCGGUCGGCUGUGGAUGCCGCCCGGCAAAAAUUUGAGGAGAAAAAGGACGCGAUGUCUGUGAGAGGAUUGCAGUAUCGAAAGUUUGGAAGGAAAUAUGUAAUUGAACAAAGAAUGAGUCCCGAUGCCAUAUUUCAACUUGCAUGUCAGGUGGCGGUUUUUCGCCUUUACGGGAAAACUGUGGCCUCUUACGAGGCAUGUAGCACGGCUGGCUUCAAACGCGGUCGUACAGAAACAAUACGGCCGACAUCCAUCUACACCAAACGCUGUGCCCAGGCCUUCAUUAAUGGACGAAGGAAGUACAGUGUGCAGGAACUGAGACAGCUGAUUGAAAACUCUUCGAAGUAUCACAAGUUUUUACAAAUGGAAGCUUCAUUAGGUAGAGGAUUUGAUCGCCAUCUGUUUGCAUUGAGAUAUCUAGCGGAAUCCAGAGGUGAACCUAUGCCUGAAUUUUUCCUGGACUCAGCCUAUCAAAAAAUCAACUAUAAUAUCAUUUCAACUAGUACUUUAAGCAGUUCUGCCAUUUUUCUGGGUGGAUUUGGGCCAGUUGUGCCGGAUGGAUUUGGUAUUGGCUAUACUAUAAGUGAGUCUUGGAUAGGAUGCAACAUUAUCAGUUAUUUAGAAAGAGAUGCAGGUGAGUUUUUGGAAUGUCUUGAGGGUAGUUUGAAUGAUUUUUUUGAUGUUUUUGAGGGAAAACCACUUGUGUAGGGAUAUAAGAAAUGUUCUUAAUUUAGAAUUUACUUUUAAAUAUUUGGGGCUGCAAAAGUAAUAAUCUGAAAUUAACUAGCGGGGUGGUAGGUUGUCAUCCUCGUGUUCUCCUUUAGGGCAUCUUUUGCCAUAAAUUUGUUUGAGUUAUUGUCAAUAAGAAUUACAAUUGAAACUCUGAGAAUUUCUAGGUUAAGUGGAUUAAAUUUGUAGAUUAAUGGUUUUAAUAAGCCUGAAAAUAAAAG